UUUAUUCUAUGUUUUUAUUUGUUAAAUUUACAAAGUUAUCAUACCAAAUAUAAAUGUCAUGGAAAUGACAAGUCUACCCUCCUGUUAGCUUUGGUUCUUCACCCAAAAGUGAACCGAACACUCGAACAGUAUCCAUCACUUCGUGGCUUCUUACGCAACAACGCCAUUCAAACUUUGUGAUUACAUUCAGCAAUGACAUGGAGAGGACAUAUUUCAAAGAACAUAAGGGAGCUUAGAUUUUUGAUGUGCCAGUCGUCACCUGCAAGCUCACCUGCAAGGACAUUUGUGGAAAAGAACUAUAAGGAACUCAAGACUUUGAACCCGAAAUUGCCAAUACUGAUCCGUGAAUGCAGUGGAGCGGAACCCCAACUAUGGGCAAGAUAUGAUUUUGGUGUUGAGAAAGGAAUCAAACUGGAAGGCUUGUCGGAGGCACAGAUCUCCAAGGCACUUGAAGAUUUGGUGAAAGCUGGAGAGUCCUUGAAAGCCUGAUAUUGCACCUUCUCAGCCAUCUGAAAUUGAAUAAUGCUCUCAUGCUGCACUUCUAAUUGAAGAUUGCAUUUGUUUUUUAAUAAGCUAGAUGUAUUCCCUCUUUAAAAGUGUAAUGUUAUCUGACUCAGUCUGUCUCUCUGUAUCUUAUAGUCAUUUCAAGUAUGAUCCUGUUCUUGUCAGGAAAAAAAAGAAAAAGAAAAAGAAGGUAUCAUCCUGUUAGGUUGAUAGUCCUGGAUUCUGCAUGUUGAGCACACCUGUGAUGAGAGAUUUAUUAAGAACUCAGAUUUAAAUUUUCAUGUAUUCAUUUUGGACUGCAUUGCCAAAGAAUUUUGGUAUUGAUCAAGUCAAAUAAUCUAGUGUAACAAGGCAUGGACCAAUUUAUAUUUUUGGGAAAAACAUUCUAAAUGUUCGCAA